GAGCCAAUGCAUUGACGAUUCGCUCAAAUAAACUUAUUCAUCGUGUGUACAUUUUGCUUCUCUAUUGAAUCGUUAGUUUUAGUAAGAAAUGGUUCACACGUGGCUUUAAGAUUGAAAAAGACGAAACAUAACUGACGUGUCCUUAAUGAGAAACAACGUGGCAUUUACGAGCUUUUCUAUGUAAUUCUUGGCUGAGUCGAUGAAAACGAAACAAUUUGAGAUGCCGUUUAGCAGCUGUUGUUCGUGAUGUCAAUGUAAAACGCUUGGAAACAUUUAUUUUAUAUCAGAAUCUUGUCUGUCAAUAUCUCGUAGACGCGCAAUACCGUUUUUUGUAUACAGAAUUGAGGUUAUAUUGGCAAUGACCACGUCAAUGGUGAUACAUCUGUCACAAGAUAAAUAAUUCAUUUUAUUGCGUGAGUGACUCUUCCAUUUAGAAAUGUUUGUGUGUUUUUUGAUCAAAGGACGUACAUUGAAGCAUUUUGGAAUAAUAUAUCGAUAAUUAAUAUAUGCACAUAAUCCACGAGAUGUUUGAUAACGUUAAAAGUAAGCGUUAAAAACCAGAGUCGACGCUCGCGCGAAAAGAAACAUCGGCGGAUAUUAAAGAAUUAAGGUGAAUGAGAUUAUUGUUGAUCUCUUAUAUCAUUCUUCAUGGGUACUAGAAGGAAAAUGGAUAAGAAUGACGUGGAAGAUGGAGCCCACGAGUCACAUCAUGUACAUGAACGUUCGGACUUGCGAGGCGAUGAAAAGAACAUAGCCACUCUUCUAUUUUUAUAUCUGUUACAAGGGAUACCAUUGGGUUUGUGCAGUUCUAUUCCUAUGUUACUUCAGAAUAGAGAUGUUUCAUAUCGCCAGCAGGCUGAAUUUAGCUUCGUGCAAUGGCCUUUUUCUUUGAAACUGUUUUGGGCACCUAUAGUGGACUCUGUGUUUUCACAAAAGUUUGGAAGGAGGAAAACGUGGUUAAUUCCAACUCAAUAUUUAAUGGGACUUUUUAUGCUGUUAUUGUCAAGCCAUGUAGAUCGAUGGUUAGGGAGCAGAACGAUGAAGCCGAACAUAGAAAUGUUGACCAUAAUAUUUUUUGCCUUAAAUGUUUUGGCUGCUACUCAAGAUAUUGUAGUUGAUGGGUGGGCAUUGACCAUGUUAAAGAGAUGUAACGUUGGAUAUGCGUCAACUUGCAACAGUGUGGGACAAACUGCCGGAUAUUUUAUUGGUUAUGUGCUUUUUAUGGCAUUGGAAUCUCCUGAAUUUUGUAAUAAUUAUUUAAGAUCCACUCCUUCUAGUGAAGGCAUUUUGACUCUACCUGAUUUUCUUUAUUUCUGGGGUUGGGUAUUUAUAAUUAUUACCACUUUACUUGCUUUGUUUAAACGCGAGGAUUCGGAGAAAAUGCACAAAGAUGAAGAAUUGAAUACAAAUAUUAAGCAUGCAUACAAAUUACUAUGGAACAUUGUCAAAUUACCAUCUAUAAAAACGAUUAUUAUAUUCUUGCUAACUGUCAAGAUAGGAUUUUCUGCUUGUGAUGCUGUAACUGGUUUAAAAUUGGUAGAGGCUGGUAUACCAAAAGAAACGUUUGCACUUAUGGCUGUGCCUAUGAUACCACUACAAAUAUUGUUACCAUUAGCAAUAUCAAAGUAUACAGUAGGCCCAAGGCCUAUGGAUGUAUACAUAAAGGCUAUGCCUUAUAGACUGGCUUUUGGAUUAGUAGCAGCAUUUUUGGUAUGGGUGACACCAUAUGUCGUAACAGGAGGACAUGUUCCAGCCUAUUACUUCAUAGUUUUAAUUAUUCUGUAUUUGAUACAUCAGGUUUUCACAAGUAGUAUGUUUGUGGCAUCGAUGGCGUAUUUUGCAAAAAUCAGUGAUCCAGCAGUUGGUGGUACUUACAUGACAUUAUUAAAUACGUUAGCUAAUCUCGGAGGCAACUGGCCAGCAACAGCAGCUCUUUGGUUCGUUGAUUCAUUAACAUAUCGACGAUGCAGCACCGAUCCGUUGAAUGACUGUAGCACAAUUUCGGAAAGGGAGCUCUGCACGAACACGCACAAUGGUGUUUGCAAUAUGCAACUUGACGGAUACUACAUAGAGAGUAUCUUAUGUCUAAUCAUAGGAUUUGCUUGGCUCAGGUGGGGUCGAAGGAAAAUAGAUCUGUUACAAACAAGACCGAUGUCUGCCUGGAAAGUUAUUCUUUCAAAGCAGAACAGAUAACAGUAUUGAGUUCAUGUUGCAACUUGUUGGUACAGUACCUGUAAUUAUUAAGAAUUUGUACAAAUUAAAUAUGCGUAUAUUGAUCGCGUGUCGGCUGUGUGCUCGGGCGAUUCUCCGCACGUCCAUCAAGUGUUCCAAUUUGAUUACGGAAUAUGAACUGAAUUCUUUUUCAAUUUCAGGAUUUUUUCUCCUUUUUUUUUUUUCUUUUUCUUAUUGUUUAUUCGUUCGACUAUUCGUUCGACCCGCAACGUCACAAAUAAUAAACGGCAUUCCUCGGAAAUUUGAUAUUUCAUUUGGUAUGAACAAUUUUUACGAUAUUGUUUCGUAUGUUAGCACAACGAUGACUUUGAACACGUACUGCAUUCGUGAUACAAUUAUUUAAUUAUUUAAGCGACACAUUGGUGAUUUUGAUUGUAGCGUAUCGUCUUUGUCUGUCGAUAUGCCAAAAAGAGAAGAAAAUAAAACUGGAUCUUUUUCUAUUUACGUCCUUAUCCUUCCAUGAAGGUUAGUGAUUUUAAUUACGAUGUAAUAAAUGCAACGGUAUUGCACUGGUUUAUUGUGUAUCUAUGGGUUAGGAUAAUUCAACGUUAGAAGUCGCGAUUGUUCAUAAGCAGUGCUUGUGAGUCAUGUAACAAGUACAUGAUGUUAAUAAAAGUUUUCCAUAUGAAGUACUUUAUUUUUACCUUUCUUAUAUUUCCUGAAAGGCUUAUACUAUGAGCUUAGGCUUGUAUGUAACAUCGUGUAGGCUUUAAUAUAACUAAUUAAUGUAUAAGUAGGUAUAAUAGGAGAAAGAGUUAUCUUUGUGCGGCUCGAUAGCCAUUUUUUUUUUAUUUCGUUUGCUAUUUCAUCGUGAAGAAACUAAAGAGAUAAAACAUAUUCAUAAUAUGCAGAUAUUGUUAUUUACCAUUUCGAAUACGCAAAUACUUUUUAAAGGCAGAAUUUGUUGUUGAAUAGUUCGUUUGAUGGUUUAACCGCAACAUCCAGGUCGUAAAUCGGUUUCACGAUGUUCCUUAUAAUCUGUCGCCCUUUUCUUGGGAUUUGUCAAUUUCGAAUGUAUCAUUACAUAUUCAUCGCCCGUUGUUAUAACCGGGCUCUUGUUUGUUGUAGAUACUCGAAGAGCGUGCCCUCGUUCUUCCUGCAAUUUAUAUUGUUGCAUCAAUCUUCAUCGUUGAAAUGGGAAUUUUUAGAAAGAAAUCUUUACGAAUUUAGGUUUCUUUUAUAAGUAAAUUACGUGAGAAAUAGAUGAGAUAAUUACGGCCGCAUCAGUGUCCAGGCUGGUAUCAGGAUUAGUUUCAGCGAGUAACGAUAACUGCUGAGCUUUGUUCUCGAUGCUUUGUACACAGACAAAGCUGAACAUCGAAACGAUCAGAAUUAGCUUGACGAACAUGCUGCACGUUUUCACUUGGACUAUAGAAUUCCUUCUGAAUCUUUCAAGUGUAAAGUUUACCCUUUUAUAUGGACUGAUACUUCCGUGUUUGCUCGUAAACCUCUGUCGUAUUAUUAACGACUCCUUUAAUCAAGCAUCGAUACGUGAAACUCGAGGUACUUAAAAAAACCGUAUAUUUCCGAGGCAUUGUUGUCAAAGAUAUCGGUCAAACAACAAAGAUAUGGCUCAUUUUACGACGUUAAUUGUAUAUAGUGGAACGUUAAUUGCCAUUGGAGAAAUCACCAUUUUUUUCAUGACAAAUAUUUUAUAUUAGAAGACAUAUAAUACAGAACACUGA